CAAUUUCUAAUUCCAAUACUUGUGGAAAAGUUUCCUUAUGUCAACAAAUCUCCAAGAGUUUUGGAGUGCUACAUACAUAACCUUCUGAGGAUCACAGUCUACUUCCCAGUGCUCCGGCUGGAAAUUUUGGAACUUGUAACAGAAAAGCUACUGAAAAUUGAUGUGAAUGCUUCACGUCAUGACAUAGAGAAUGCGGAACAAAAUGCAUUUAUUUCUGAUAGUGGGAAUGGUGGUGCUGAAGAAGGUAUCUUUAACAUGGAUGAAGAUGAAGACUCACAACAGAGAGGUGGAGUUGUACUCUUUGACAAAAUGUCUCAUCCUGCUGCUGAACGUUUGGAUUUAGCUCUAUCUGUCCUUUUUUUAUAUAUCAAAGACAUCUGCUUUCUUAGCGGCAGCCUGGACUUAAAUAAGACAAAGGAUUUAUACAAAGAUCUGCUGGCUGUAUUUGACAAAUUGGUUUUACCUACCCAUGCAUCCUGCCAUGUGCAGUUUGCUAUGUUCUAUAUUUGCAGCUUCAAAUUGGAGCUGGAUUCACUGUGCUGGUCUGAGGUGCUGUGGCAGACUGUCAGUAACCACCUGACAGGUUAG